GGCGGCCCGGCGCCGUCCGGGAGCGUCGGCCCGGACCAUGCAGUCCCGACUGGUGCUCGGAUCCGCACCCGGAGCGGCUCUCCGGGCCGCGGUGACGGCGUUCUGCGGUUUAAAGUCAAUACAGAGAAGCUGCCAUAAUUUUUGUACUGCUGUUCCUAAGCACAUCACUUACAAGGAACUAAAAAACCUGUUGACUUCUAAAAACAUUAUGUUAAUUGAUGUUAGAGAGACAUGGGAAAUUGUACAACAUGGUAAAAUCCCGGGGUCUAUUAAUAUACCCUUGAAUGAAGUAGGCCAAGCUCUGCAGAUGAGCCCCAGAGAUUUCAAAGAGAAAUAUCAUCAAGUAAAGCCAUGCAAAUCUGACAGCAUAGUGUUUUCUUGUCUAGCUGGAGUGAGAAGCAAGAAGGCUAUGGACACAGCAAUAUUGCUAGGCUUCAGCAGUGCCCAACACUAUGCAGGAGGAUGGAAGGAAUGGGUAAUGUAUGAAUUUCCAGAGAAGAAACAAGGACAUUGAAUUUUGGAAUGCACGCUGACUUUCCUUGGGUACAUGGAGUGUGAGAUGGUAUUGAGCAAAAGAACAAUCUAAUUCUUGGUACCAGUGGUUAAGCAUAAGAGUGUAUAAGCCAGUUGCUUGUUGAAUCUUUUGUUUGUAAAUUGAGAUAUUGCUCCUUUGACAACUUCCAAAGGCUACCAAGGACUGAGAUGAAGUAUGUAACUUGCCAUGGAAAUAUGGAAGAUUAGAUUCUAGGAGUUAAGUGGUUUAGUACCAUUGAGUAGCAUCCUCUAAGACAGAACAAGUCACUUGUAUUACAUAAUCAUGCAACUAUUUCUGUGAGUGCAGCCUCUUUUUCCUAAAGAUGCAGAGCUAGAAUAAAUUAACAAGUAAACUUGAUUAAAAGAAAAAACAGCCAUUUGCUGGGCACCAGUGGCUCAUGCCUG